AUGUCGCAGAACGACCCCGUUGGCGUCCAGCGCGGCGACUAUGGCCGCUAUCUCCUGUCGAACAUACUGUUCUCGAUCGGCCGCGGCCUGACCGGGCCUGCCCAGUACCUGAUCAUCAGCGCCCACCCUCUGGGCCGGUUCUUUGGCAUCCCGCGACCACCGACAGGAGGCUUCAUCACCGUCCCCGUCCCCGUCCUGGGGACGCAGACGCAGACGCCGACGCACCACACACUAGUACUAGCUGUUCCACGAUACCAAGGACUCGCCGCGCUUAUGCCCGGCAUCCUCUCGCUCAAGCACAUCUUCUGGAUCAACUGCCUGUGCCGCGAGAAGGUGACGUUGCCAUUCGUCACGUUCGCCGUCCUCUCAGACUUCGUGUACGAAACGAUCAGCUCGCUGGUCUUCACCGCCGCAUCCAGCAAUCCCAUGUUCUCCGACCGCUGGUUCAAGAUCGGCGCGGCGUGCUUCUUCGCCGGCGCGCUUCUAGAGACUGUCGCGGACGUGCAGCUGGCCCUGUUCAAGUCGAAGCCCGAGAACAAGGGCAAGGUUUGCAAGUCCGGCUGUUGGCGCAUCUGUCGGCAGAUCAAUUACACGGCCAACAUACUGUUUGGGUUCGGGUACGGUCUCGCACUGGGAGGGCCUGGUUACUCGGUCGCUACGGCUGGGAUGUAUAUCUCGAAUUUCGUGCUCAAUGCUGGGCCCGGAAAGGAGAAGUACUGCCGGGAGAAGUACGGGAAGCAGUGGGAGGAUUAUGAACGAGAGGUGCCGUAUGUGCUAUUCCCUGGGAUUUAUUAG